GGAAUUUCAAGGCGAAGCCCAUGAUCACGGAUUGCGGUCAAGGGUACUACUUUGGGUUUGUUUAGUUGGAUACGUAACUUCUCUUGACGUUGGUCUGAACAGAGAUGGGCAAAGAUGAAAGGUCGCUCGUGGUCGGGCUGUCACCUGCCUUGGAAAGGUGUUUGACAGGCUGGAUGAACGGGUGGGAUGGGGGGUAGAGUCGAGAUCGUCGAACAGGGACGGUCGAGACCCUUAAUACUCGGAAAGAAAGCAGGCCAAGAAACAGGGCUGCCUCCCCAUGUAUGUCGGUAUUAAUGAAUGGUUUCCUCUGUCUGCCGAUCCCUCAUUGCUUGGAUCGUGGCAAGAUACGAGCGUUUCCUGUUCGGUCCAAGUCCAGGGAUCUCUAGUGCAUUUUUCUUGGCCAGCUGUUUAUUCCAUGAACAGCUUCCCCUCCCUUCACCACACAGACUACCCAGUCCAAAGUCAAUGGAGGGGCGAUGGGGAAUGACGGAGAACGGGCGUCAAGUCUUCGGACGGGCCGCUGCUUGCGGUUUGAUGACGAACGUUGUGGCUGAAUGGAACCCCUCCCACCCACAGCCUCGACCGGGGUAUGAUGUCAGAUGUCUUGGAGGGGCAUCUGCUGACUUCAUUGGACCGGGCAGAGGACGGGUUCUCCAUGUACCUGUCACGGCCACAAUACAAGUGUGGCUUCGCUGGGCAGAUGAUUGGGGGUCGGGAUCGGCCUGCUCCUGGGGUUUUCCCAUUUUAACUCUCUGUUUCCUUCGCUGGUGGUCCAUACCGGUAGUCCACUGUCCAGGUUUCUUCGAGUGGGCCACGGCAAGCACGGGAAGCUAGGCCAAGGGUCAGUUCAGCAGGUUGGCUGCGGGUUGAAUAAGGUGUUACGGCUGAAAAACACAGUCUCCCACACCUGGAUGCUUCAAAACGGACAUCGUUUAGAAGGGGGCAGAGUUUCCAGCUCUUCUAGG